AUAGACUGAAUAUACGAACUUAUAACCAAUAAAUCAUAACUUAUAAAGCUCUCUAUUGUAAUUACGAAAAUGCCACCGCGUCCAAAAAUUUACAAGGUCUCCAGACUUAUUUUUUUUGCGGUGGCAUGUUCGUAAUUAUUUUGAGGGGUCUAUAAGUUAUGAUUUAUUGGUUAAAAGUUCCUGUUUUCAGUCUAUAAGUUAGCUUCGCAGUUCUCAGCCUAAGGGCACUUCUCACCUGAUCCGCUCCCUAUAUAUAUAUAUAUAUAUAUAUAUAUAUAUAUAUAUAUAUAUAUAUAUAUAUAUAUAUAUAUAUAUAUAUAUAUAUAUAUAUAUAUAUAUGUAUACUAGCAUGGGCGCGCGCGUUGCGUGACAGUUGAUGCCCAAGCUCGUAGGAAAACAGGAAAUGUGUGGUGCAUAAUAAUGAUAUGCAAAUACAUUACCAAAAGGUAACCGAUAAAAGAGAGUCAAUUAAAUCUAUUACAGCAUGAGCAGAAUAAAAAAACAGUUUAACCAUUUAGGUUAUAAAUAUACAUCGAAGAGUCAUAGUAACAGUUAAUCAAAACAAACAUCACAUGUUUGGAAGUUCAACAAAGGCUGGAACCAUUAUGACAUGCAGUGCUACUGAUCUCGUAGGUAUUGGUGCGACUCGGUGGUUCCUCUAUACCGCAGGAACCAUUAUAUUACCUUUAGUGAUUACACUCAAGUCCAUGCAAACUUAUAUUAUCUAUGUGCAUUAAUGGUUUUAGGCUCCAUGCAAUAAAGAGCCGGUUUAAUAAGGGGGCGGUUUAUUUAAAAAUUACUAUUUUCUUAAAGACCUGAUGUUUGUUAUUGAAUAAGGUCUUCUAAAAGUCUAAGACGGGCAUAGCCUAUAUAAUGCAUAUAGGUUAACAAAGAAUAAGAUGAAGAAAAGGUAGGCUUUGAUACAUGCCUGGCUCUGUUUGUGCUCAUCCAUGUAAAAAUCAAUGAAGUCUCCCUGCCCCUAGACAAUGUUCAUGCACAAAUCCACCUAUACAUAUUGGAACAACAAUAAGACCUUUUCUUGUGCUCUGUUUCUAUAUCUAGAAAAUUAACACAAGAAGCGGAUACUCGAUUUAGAAAAUUGCACCUGUAUUAUCGAGCACGUAUAUGCGACUGAUGUUGUUUUGGCCAGUACCUGUAAGCAUGGAAGAACCAAAGUUAAAAGUUGCAACUACGAAGGAAAGAAUCAAAGAUAAAUCUCAUGCCCCUCUGAUUAUGGAACCUGCAGGUUGCAUCAUAUAAUGAGUGUUAAGUUAGGGUAAAACAUCUAUAGUGAUCAUAUAAUCAGUGUUAAGAAAUCUUGGAAUACACACUCCUAGGCUAUGUUUGGAAUGCGAUAAAGAGGAAGAUGGGAAAGAUUGUCGAAGAAACUACUCUCAUUUUAAUGUUUUAUUAUACAUAGCAAAUUAAAAUGCAAAGAAACUCAAUUCCGAUUAAAACAUUUUAAAGUUCUACAUUCAUUUUUACUCCGUACUUUUUAGUCACUAUAUAACAGAAAUAUAUCAAAAGGGUUGAACUCAUAAUUGAGAGAAUUAUAUUGAAAAGAACCAUUUUUUAUGUAUUCCCUGAAUGACUCUCUCAGAAUUGUUAUCUAUUUUUCAUUCUAAAAUUACAAAGAAAAAGAUAUAAACCAAAAACCGAAAAAAAUAUAGUUUUGAAGGAUCACCCAUAUCCUUGAACUAUCAUUUGAUGCUUAGACCAAAGCUCCAUUGUUCAACAACAAACGAACAUUACCAGGUCACAUUUGGCGAGAAGCCAAGUUCGUCCAUGAAGUGAAUCGACUUUAAUAUCUAUUCAUCAAAUUUCCAACAUCAGCCACAUAUUAAUUUCCUACUUUUAAUUCCAAAUUAAUGGGGUGCUUACAUUAGCCCCACCGUCGAUGAGCUUCUGGGCGCAGGUGAUCUUUCCAUGCAUUGCAGCCAACAUCAAUGGAGUCUGAACCAUCCAAAAUCAACCAAAACAAUAAACACCAUCAGUCGUCAUUAUGGAGAAAUAUAAAGAAAAUGCACAAAAUAUCCAACCAAACAAAAAAGAAGAAGAAGAAGAAGAAAGCGGAAAACACAGUACCUGCUUGUAGCGAUUCAACACAUCCGGAUUGACAGAUAUGUUUAACAGCAUAUUAAGGAUCUGACAAAAUUAACCGAUACCCAUCCAUUAAAAUUGAUUUCAGUAACUAACGAUUUAAUCUUUCAAAUAAAUUAGAGUUGACCUCGAUCUGGCAGUUUAGUGAGUCGUUUUGCUUUAUUCCAUCAUAAUCUCAAGCCCAAAAAUAAUGAAUCUUUGGCUCCAUUGCAAAUGACGGAAAACCUCAUCGAGCUUUUCUGUAUGAAUUGAAAAAGUAAAAACGUGCAUUUGGGUGUCCUCAGAGAUAGUUUCAUCACCGGACAAAAUUGGGACAUGUGUAAGAGCUACACAGUCAAGAGUUGGAUCAGAGAGGUUUUCAUCAUUUCCAAGUGGAGUCUCUAACGUAUCCUUGCCAACAUCACAGGUAACCAAUUGAUGUCAAUCCUCGGUUACCGCCUCGUGGAGGGUGGCCACCGCGGUUUUAUCACAAUCAGGACUCACUGGGAGCUUGACAUCUGUACUCUUAUCACAAUUAGAGUCAUAAGGGGCCACGGUGUGGGGUGUAAAUAACGAAGUGGGACCUGGUUCAAGUAUAGCAGUGACAUAAAAUCGCAACAUUAGGGACAGUAACAUCAUUUUCAUGAAGUGAAACAUUAACAGAAGAAACCACCCAGGCUUUCACAGUUUUGGCGGCUGCAUAUUCAGAAAAUGCAGCAGCCUUUAAGGUCUGGCAAUAUCAGACAUUUUAGGGACUGUAACAUGAAGAAGAGAAAUUUCUUGUGCAUCGACAAGUCUAGUAGAAUUAGCAAUUUUAGGGACUGUAACCAAUGGAUGAAAAUCCUCGGUUACCGCCUCGUGUAGGGUGGCCACUGGGGUUUCAUCGGAAUCAAAACUCACUUGGAUUUCGGCAGGUGUAAUCAUAUCACAAUUAAGAGUCAUCAGUGACAUUAACCGCAACAUUAGGGACAGUAGCAUCAUAUUCAGGGACUGAAACACCAAUAGAAGAAACUAUCCGGGCUUCCAAAGUUAUGGGUGUUGCAAUAUCGGAAAAUGCAUGGGUCUUAAAAGGUCUGGCAUUAUCAACAAUUUAGGGACUGUAACAUUAGUAAAAGAAAUUGGUUGGGCAUCUAAAGGUGUGGCAUUAACAAUAACAUCAGUAACAUGUAAGUCAUCAAUAAAAAUGCAAAAUAAAUAGGACUAAUAGAUUAAGUGAGACUGUUAGCGGUUAUAUUUAAAUAGGACUAAUCAAGUGUUUGGAUUUGCAGAAUAGUUAAUCCAUUACUUUUGGACCGGUUAAGGAAAUAAAUAGGACUAAUAGAUUAAGUCCUAUUUACUAACGGAGUCGAGCAAAUAGCUAUAGUAAUUUGCAUCUAAAUAGGACUGUUUGGAUGCAAGCAACAAACGGAGCCGAGCAAAUAGCUAUAGUAAUCCCAGCAAUGCUAAGAAUGUGUCUCUGUGUAUAUAAGAAAAUGUAAAGCAAACUAUUUACUACAAAAAACAAAAGAUAUAUUAACUGUAAUAAAAUCCCACAUUUCAAUACAUUACCGUUAAUGUAAGUUGUCCAACAAGGAUAAAACAGCAAUCAAGCUAUUGAUCUCAGCAAAUAAUCGCCUUCUUCCAACGGGAUUUGUAACUGUUUUGGCAAUAACAGUCACUUUCUGCAAAAAGAAAGGGUGGGUUAGUUAAAGAAAUGGUAAGCUAAUUUAAAAUUUUAAAUACAUGUCACUCUGCGUCCAGAAAAGAGAGAACUAUUUACCUGAAAGUAGAAGAAGGAUGAGAUAAUUGCACUCAGCCACAUGAAUAAGGAUACACAUUGUAAAUAUGUUGAUGACAAGAUAAGUCGUAUCCCAUCUAAUAUGGCCCAGAGCUGUUGAGGCUUUCCAAUUGAGGAAGACAAUUCUGGAGACGAUUUUGUGUGUGUCACACUGUCACAUCUGUUUGAUCAGUAGGAUGAUCCACACCAACUAACCUACAUUCUCAUAAAACAAAAAGUAAGAUACAAUUUAUGAGUCAUGCCCCUUCUUAUUGAACAACAUAUUCUGCAUGUUAAUAUAUGAUUUUAGCAUAGCGCCAUAGGGACUGUAGAAUAAAUAGGAACCGAGUAACUUAUUCUCAUGAAGGCCUAGGUGAACAUAAAUUAUAAGUGUAUGUGUAUCAGUGUAUGUUUGGAUCCUAGAAAAUGCUAGGUGUGUGAGGAGGGUGAAGAAAGUUAUUUUCUUAUUUUAAGCUUUACCUGGAAGAUGCAAAGUAAACUAAAAAAUAUUUGGUUUUUUUAUCUUUUUAAAUACAUUUAUUUUUUAACGUUUAUCUAGUUCAAAUAAAUAAAUAAAAAGGUACUUGAACAAAUAUCUCAAUGUAUGCAUCCUAGAAAAUGAUAUGUGGGGGGCUACGAAAAGUGAUUUUCUUACGUUGGGAUUUACCAUGGAAAAUGCAAAGGAAAAGUUAAAAAUUGAUUAGCUUUUCUCUUUUAUAAAUGUAUUAAGAUUUCUUAGUGUUUAAUUAGUUGAAUAAAUACAUUAAAUUUACUUGAACAAAUAUCUCAAAUAAAUUGAUUGAGUUUGAGCAAAAUUUCUAUUUUCCUCAAAUUCUCUUACAUACUUCCAGUUUCACUCCCAAUUCUCUUUCCCUAGUACUUUCCAGGUUAUAAAACAGACUCUUAUGAGUGAAGAUUCAAGGAAAUGUUGGCAUUUGGUAGAAAGAACAAUAGAAAAAAUAGAGAGGAUAUGGACUUAAACCUGAUGGGCGAUUGCUCUUCGGGAAGAUGGGAGAUAUCUUUAUUUAUUCCCUUAGAUGAGUGUGAAGCAAGUUCCAUGAGAAAACCAGCAACAAGAAGUAAUUCUUCGAGGGAGGAAAACAAGCUAAGUGACUGUACAAAAGUAAUGAAUGUACCUGGUGACCCAGGAGGGGGGGGUCAAAGAUACACCUAAGCAUUUUUGUUUCUUAAUGGCGUGAAGAAUUUGUCAGGGCAGUCUUUCUUGGCUGCCGAUAUACCUGUAACAAUAGGAAGAUUAUGGGAAACAGGGAGGUCCUCAGAUGGAGCAUCAUCAUAGGACAAAUUUGAGGUAACUGUGGACUGUAGUAUCAACUUUGGCUUCAACUUCAGGUGGAUCAGAAUAAAGCCAUCAUCUCCCGAACAUGUUGUGCGUUUUGUCUGAGCAGCAGUAGCAUCAAUCAAGUGAGCAUCAGUGACAAUCAAAAGCAGAUGAACUUCACCAACGGUUACUGCCUUGUUAGAGGUAGCCACCGGGGGUUCAUCUAAGCCUACCAUAGUAUCCAAAUUGGUCGGUGUGCCAUUAAUGGCUCCCAAGCCAGCAUCAAAAGGGCCUGGGCCAGAAUUUUCCUCAUGGACAGUUUGAAGAGCAAUAUCAAGUGCAACACUAAACUGCUUCAAAAGAUAAGUUUUAAGAAGGGAUGGUUGCCAACAUAUAUAGAUACAACUUAUAUAUUCUUCUUUCCCAAUCAUCACUCAGGAGGUUCAUGGCAUUUUCUGUUUCCAGGCAGCAAUCUAGUGUGCUCCAAAAAAGCAAAUAAGAAGCUGCACAAAAUUGAUACUGGCAUUCAAAAUUAAUGAUGACUCACAGUUUUGUAGAACACCAGCAUCCACGAAAGAACAAAAUUCCCCUACGCUAAUAGAAAAUUUAAUUCAUUACUCAAAAUUAAGAAUUAGUUUGAAAAAACUAAUCUCAAUAUAACUAAACUGUAGGGCAUAUCUCCUCUUAAGAGUUUGGCUGUUGGACCAGAAGAAAAUUAAAAAACAGUUGAAUAGUACUCAGAAAGAGUUUCUUCAGUGGACCUGUUUUGGACAAUGUUGGCAACUGAGCUAGUUGGGACAAUUUUUAGGUUAUUCAGAGUGGUAACAUUAGAUGAUGGAUCAGAAAAGGGAUCAUCAUUUCUCGAAUCCAAGGUUUGACUCAAAGAAUCAAACUUGUUAAUCUUCGGGACCUCAUAUUCUUUCUGAGCCUCAGAAGCAUCAUCGGCAACAAGGUGAAUAUCAGAUGUAAUUACUAUAAUCUCUGAGACAGAUUAAUCAUAAGCAAUAAUACUGUUAUCACAGGCAACUUUCUCACAUGCAACAUUUUCACAGGCAACAUUUUCACAAUCAGUAAUAGCUUAAUAGGGACAGGGGCAUUUUCACAUUAAUCAAUAUCAGGGCCAUCUUUUACAGAACAGUUCACAAUAAGAACAUUUUCACUAUCAGUAACAGGGACAGAAGCAACACAAAUAAUAAGAGCAUUACAGGCAACUUUAGUAUUGCAGAAGUUAUCACAGUAAGUCUCACUUGGAGUCCCCUUAAAUCUUAAUGAGUGAAGCGGAAAUGGAUAAGUUAUUGUUGAAAGUUGGGGCUCUGUUAUUGUUGAAAUUAUCACAGUAAGUCUGCAGACUUUUCCUUUACACAUCGGGGUGUGUAUUUUUGGCAGCAGUAACCUCAGCAUCCAAAGAAGGCUGGAGCAUCAUCGAUUUGGGUCCAAUUUGAGAAAACCCUAGGGCUCGAAGGCCUUCCGAAUAGCAGCCAGAGGGUGGGUGGCCAUAAGGGCAGGUCCCAACCAGAGAGUAACAACAGAAAUUAGAGGACAGAACCUUGACUUCAUCUUAGGAGAAGGAACCCCCAAAUAACCUUUAAAUCUUAGCGUUGCCAAUGUCUGAGAAGGAGUCUGGAUGUGAGUACAGGCGGUGGCCGGGUACAGACUACCUUACCGCCGCUGCAUACAAGGGCUUCCUUGCAGCGCCAACAGUAUCAUGGUCCUCCGCCUCCGGCAUUAGGAUGUCGCACAGGCAUCGGGUGAGAAGCACGAGCAACGAAAUUAAGAGAGAAGGUAGAGCAGCGGAUGAUAGACAUAUUAUCUCACUCGAAGAAGCCCAUCCACACACUGGAACAGGAACAAACAGAAGCAAGCAUUUUCUCAGCCACACGAAAAAUUGGAACCGAGGGAAAAAGACGGUAACAGAGCGUUAGUUUCCUCUGCGCCAAUUUGAUGUUUCCGUCGAGCACUGUAUAAACGGAAAUAGGACCACUAACGCUCUUAGAGCCUUUAAUAUAUAGUAGGAUAGGAUAUAUAUAUAUAUAUAUAUAUAUAUAUAUAUAAUAAAGAUCAAAUGAGAACAAUGCUUAACAUGAGAACGUGAGAACACCACAUUUACCACAACGUGUUGCACAAUGAAGCUUGUAUAUUGCACUUUUUCGUGUUUUCACAAUAUUUACCAAAAUGCCACCGUGUUUAUUUAGUAUAGGCUUAAUCGAGCAAAUUGAAAAUGUGCAACAUAAUAGCUCCAUUGUUCACCACAUUGAUUUAAAUGUGAGUGUUCUCACGUUCUCACGUUAAGC